AUGUCCUACCACCCGAUUUACUGCACGAUCGCAUACAUCAUCUCUCAGCUGCUCGAUGCCGUCGAUGGACAAGUAGCGCGGAUGCUGGGACAGACUAGUAAGUUUGGCGCCGUUCUGGAUAUGGUCACCGAUCGGUGUACAACCAGUUGUCUACUGUGUUUUCUGAGCUCAGUUUAUCCUCAAUGGGCGAUCAUGUUUCAGUCUUUGAUUGCACUAGACUUUGCCAGUCAUUAUAUUCACAUGUAUAGCUCAAUGGUCGCUGGAUCGAAAUCACAUAAAACCGUCUCAAAGAAGCAAAGUAGAAUCUUGCAUUCUUAUUAUACAAAUUCAAAUACAUUAUUCUUAUUCUGUGCGGGAAACGAGCUCUUCUUUGUAUGUUUAUACCUAGCACAUUGGUACGACCAGCCCCUCCUGAAAGAGAGCGCAUACGACGGAAGCGCAUCGAGGACGGCGCGGAUGGCCGAGUCGAUCACCCUGCCUCAGCUCAUCGCCAUCUUGACCUUCCCGAUCUGCGCCGGCAAACAGAUCAUCAACGUCGUCCAGUUCUGGAAAGCUAGCAAGAGCAUCGUCGAGUCCGACCUCGAAGAUCGCUGGAAAGCUCGCCACAAAAAAUCCUCCUGA